UGAAAUUCAAAAGAGAAAUUGAGGUUUCGAAACUGUUUAUGUUCUUGGCGAAUCUUCGUUCCUGAUAUCUCUGCGGCUCCUUCGAAGAUCGAAGGUGAGCACUAGCGAGAUGCUGAGAAGACAACCCACCAAAAUCGAGGUCAAAAUCGAAGACAAGGAAGAACUUGAAGAAGCUCGUAAACGCGCCGCCGCCGCCAUCACCACCACCACUGGCACGACCUCCGCCGCCUCUUCUCUCCUCCAUAAUCUCAACCGCAACAAAGAUCCGGCCUCCAAAGCCCAACGCCUCGGUAUAUCCUCUUGAACGGGAGUACCAGAAAUGGAGGUGGAGGUGAAGCUUCGCCUUCCCGAUGCCGCUGCCCAUGGUCAGGUUUCAACCCUUCUUUCGCCAUUCCAUGUCAAAACCCAUCGCCAAGAGAAUUUCUUCUUCGACGGCUCGUCUGGUGAGCUCUCGGUGCGCCGCGCGGUUCUCCGUAUCCGAUUCUACGACGGCGAUGCCCGCUGUGUGAUCUGCCUGAAGGCCAGAGCGGUUCUGGUCGACGGCGUUAGUCGUGUCGAGGAAGACGAAGAGGAAUUGGAGCCGUCUGUUGGGCGGGCCUGCGUGGAGGAUCCGGAGAGAUUAAAAGCAGUGGAGUCUAGGAUUUUGGGAAGAGUUAGAGAUGAAUUUGGGGCAUCUGGAUUUGUGGGAUUAGGAGGGUUUGGAAAUUUGAGGGGUGUGUUUGAAUGGAAUGGAUUGAAAUUGGAACUGGAUGAGACUAGUUUCGGAUUUGGGAUUUUGUACGAGAUCGAGUGCGAAAGUGCCGCUCCCGAUGCAGCGAAGAAAAUUCUCGAGGAACUGUUGAAGGAGAAUGGAAUUGCGUACUCGUACUCUGAAGCUUCUAAGUUUGCGAUUUUUCGAUCUGGAAAGCUGCCCUAGUUGUUGAUUUUUGUAUGAGUAGGUUCUCGAGCUGACUAGCACUAUAUCUUUACUGCUUCACCACCACGAACGAGAAUAUUAAAGGAUUAAAGAAUGCUGACAAGGGAAGAAUGAAGCAUUGAUGCAGUGCUUGAAACGAGCUCUGGUAGUGUGUUCGACAAACAUCACACUAGUUCUCAAUUCUUCCAUUCUUCCAUUCUUCCCUUGCAAGCAUUUCGUAGUCUUCUCCUUUAAUAUUCUCAUUUGUGGAGGCCGGGGCGUGGCAAAGUGGAGCAAGUGAGAUCGGGCAACUUCUGAAUGAAAAAUCAGCAACCAGACUUCCCCUGUAGUCUUUCAUCGAUUUACUGAUUGUCAUGAUCCAGUUUUUGUAUGAUACGAUGGCUGGCUAAUGUCUUCCAUAACUUUGUUAUUUCAAAGAUGUUAAAUGUUAAGUCUUAUACAUUAUCUUAUCUAUUCAUUUACUUUUGAAUUCA